CUUUCACCCUUCUCCCUACGAGAGAGAUAUGAAGGAGAGACCUAAAAGUCACAAAAGGUACAUCUGAUUAUAGGAAGCAUCAAUUUCUCCAUUGGAGAGAUCUCAUAUCUCUCAUCAACUUCAUUACCUCAAUGACCAGUUUGCCAUCACUUUCAUUGAAGACUAGCUCAAAGAUAGAGAUGGAGCUUGAACACCUUAGCCAUGAACAUCCACUGAUCCUCGAGGAAGAGCACAAGGGUGACGGAGUGGAAGUCUCAUGCUAUGGUUGCCGACAACCAAUCUCAGGUCCUUCCUAUAAUUGCAAGCAAUGUAAGCAUUUCUCUUUGCACAAAGUUUGUGCAAAAUUACCCAAACAGAUUGAACAUCCCAUGCACCCUCAACACCCUCUUUUUCUGUUCCCAAAUCCUUCUCAUUCUCAAACGGCUUGUGAAUGCAGUGUUUGCCAAAGACCUUGUAAGGGCUUCACUUACAUUUGUUCCCCUUGCAAGUUUGAAAUUGACUUAUUGUGUGCCUUGAUGAUGUGGAAGAUUGAACACGAGUGUCACAAACAUGCAUUGACUCCCCUGCAGAGGCCAGCUUUGUUUUUGUGUGAUGCUUGUGGCACUAGACAUGAAGGUCCAUCCUAUCAAUGCACCACUUGCCAAUUUUGGGUCAACCAAAAUUGCGCUUCGUUACCAAGUACCAUUAAUUAUAGUGGUCACCAUCAUCUUCUUCACCUCACCUAUUACCUUUCAUAUGAACAUUUCAGAUUCACGUCCUAUUGCAAAAUCUGCAUUAAAUUUGUGGACACAGCAUACUGGGCUUAUUAUUGUGCCGAAUGCAAAUAUUUUGCCCAUGUAAAUUGCUUGACAUCAAAGGCAAAGCUUUCCAGUGAAAGUGAAAUAAAACUAAUUGACCAAGAAAGAAAGACUAGAGUUGAAAAAGUUGAUCCCCAUUUGGUUAGCUUGCCACAGCCUGAUGAGUCUAUUAAUCUAAUAGAACGUUUUAUGAAAAAGAUCGGCAUCCAUGGGGAUAGUAAGAAAGAGAGGGAGAUCUACCAUGUUAGUCAUCACCAUCCAUUACUUUUUGUUGACAUCAAUAAUGAAUCAUGCUCCAAGAGCAAACAGUUGGCAUGUGAUGGGUGCACUCAACCAAUCUUGACCCCAUUUUACCAUUGUGCUGAAUGUAACUUCGUUCUCCAUGAGUGUUGUGCCGAGUUGUCCAUUGAGGUACAACACCCAUGUCACCCAAACCACCCACUCAUAUUGAACAGAUGGCAUUCAAUAUUUUCUGAUCAUUUACCACAAUGCCAAGGUUGCAAAAUGUCUUGCAAUGGGAUUUUGUUUGGUUGUGUAGCCUGUGAUUUCUUCCUUGACAUUAGGUGUGCUUCACUAUUGGGUAAUAUCAUGCAUGAAUCUCAUCAGCACUUCCUUACCCUAAAGGAAACGGACGGUGUUCUUUGUACUGCAUGUAACAAGAAGUUUUAUGGGGUCGGAUUAGUGUGUGACAUUUGCAAUUACAAGCUAGAUACUCGAUGUGCCUUAUUAAUUAGACACAGAUAUGACAAACACCCCUUCUCCCUACUGUACUUUGGAACAGAGGAUGAGUAUUACUGUGAAAUUUGUGAGGAAGAAAUAAACCCAAAUUGUUGGUUCUAUCAUUGUGGUGAUUGCAAUCAAUCUCUACAUACAGAAUGCAUUAGUCCAGUUAGUUCUUUGCAACAACAAUUUAUUACCCAUGAAGCUCAUAUGCACACCCUUGCACUAAAGGAAACAAGCAAGGUUCCUUGUGCCGCGUGUAAGUAUAAUUGUUCUGGGUUUGGGUUUGUAUGCGAUAGUUGUGAUUUUGUGAUACACUCAAGAUGUGCCUUCUUGCCACAUACAGUUAAGCACAGAAAUGAUGAAAUUCCCUUCAUUUUAAGCUACUCCCGCGAAGGAACCUACUAUAGCCCUCGUAGUCCACCUUGUUGUGCCAUUUGUGGUGGUGCAUUACGUAGUAAAAUGUUGGACUGCUGGUUUUAUAGCUGUGGUGGUAAGUCCCACAAAUAUGCUCAUACAAUAUGCAUCCAAAUCGAUGAAUAUCCAAAUAUCAAGAUCGGGGACAAGCUCAACGUUGGGAGUCACCCACACCUUCUCACUUAUGUUGAAGACCUUAAGCAUAUCUCCUCGUGCAACAGUUGUGGUAAACUUGCUGGACAUUAUUGGGGAAUUGAAGGUAGAAAUAAGGGAUUUGAAUGCGAAACUUGUAAUUUUUGGCUUCACUUUGAUUGUGCUCGUAAUGUGGCGAACCAGAGGAUUUUAGAACUGCAACAAAUGGGUAAGCUAAAGUGGCUAGACCCAAUUGAUAGAAAACUUCGUAUCUCCCCGCGAUUAGCCCCUGCUGGAGUAUCGAUUCACCAAGGAUCCUCAGUUUUUUUUUCUUAAAGUUUCCUAAAGCGGUGUGUUGUAUGGGUGAGAUUUAAUGCUAAAAAAUUGAUGUGACUUGUCAUUAAAUCUUAACCAUACAACACACAACUCUAGGAAACUCUAGGAAAAAAAAAACUUUAGAGGAUCCUUGCUCGUAUCGAUUGAAGAGUUGCUAUCUAGUAAAUAAGCGUGUGGGUCGAGGUCAGUAAAUUGGAAUUGAAAGGCCAUAAUUUGAUAAAAACAGCCCAACUAAUGAAGUCGUACGGGUUCUGGGUUGUUUUAAUAGUUAUCUAGCAUUGUAAAUAAGUGGCAAGCUUUAAAGGUUACUCAUUUUUUUUGGUGAGAGUUCUCACAUUUCUAUUU